GCCUCGCCCCUCCUAAAUGCCUGAAUCUUCUAUCUUCAGAAAUGAGCAGCAUGGACUCCUAUAAAGUGAUGCUGGAUGGACCAGCACCCUGGGGAUUCAGGCUGCAGGGAGGCAAGGACUUCAACAUGCCCCUUUCCAUCUCCAGGCUGACCCCUGGUGGCAAGGCAGCCCAGGCUGGCGUGGGAGUGGGCGACUGGGUGCUGAGCAUCGAUGGGGAGAAUACCAGUAAUAUGACUCACAUCGAAGCACAGAACAAGAUCCGUGCCUGCGGAGACCACCUUUCCCUCAGCCUGAGCAGAGUCCAGUGCCUCCUGGGGAAGCCACGCAAGGAUUCAUUCCCCUGCUCUCAGCCCCCGAAAUAUAACUUCGUUCCUAGCACCACCCUCAACAAAACAGCCCGGCCCUUCGGGGCCAGCCCUGCGCCCAACUCGCUGCCUGGGCUGGUGACGAAACCGGUGACGUACACGGCCCCCGCCUGCACCCCCCAGCACAAUGGGUGCAGAACCUUGACAAGUCACCCGCCAGAGGGGAAACCUCAGCCCCGUGGAGACCUGGGCCGCUCCUUUGUGGAGGAUGAGCAUGCUCUGUGGCUAAUGAGCCCCCCCGGCAGCCUGCCCAAUGACUCCAGCAAAAAGCACCUGAUUGAGGAUACGAAGGACUGGCAGCCUCGCACGGGCACAACCCAGUCCCGCUCCUUCCGCAUCCUGGCCCAGCUCACGGGCACUGAGUUCAUGCAAGAUCCAGAUGAGGAGCAUGUUAGAAAAGCCAGCCAGGUGUCUGGGCUGGAGCCAUCUGUGGUGGCAGCGCUGAAGGUGGAGCCUGAUCACGGUUCUGCUGCUCCGGGCCCUGCCAGCCGCCCCCCCUGGGCUGUGGAUCCUUCCUUUGCUGAGCGCUAUGCCCCUGACAAGACCAGCACCGUGCUGAGCAAACACCGUCAGCCAGCCAUGCCCACGCCCAUGCAGAACCGCAGCUCCAUCGUCCAGGCUGCCCAGCAGCCUCCCGAGGGCACCAGCAAAACCCCUAUCUGCUACCAGUGCAACAAGGUCAUCAGGGGGCGCUACCUGGUGGCCCUGGGGCAUUACUACCACCCGGAGGAGUUCACGUGCUGCCAGUGCAGGAAGGUGCUGGAUGAGGGGGGCUUCUUUGAGGAGAAGAGCUCGGUUUUCUGCCCCAAGUGCUAUGACAUGCGGUAUGCCCCCAGCUGUGCCAAGUGCAAGAAGAAGAUUGGUGGGGAGAUCAUGCAUGCGCUGAAGAUGACAUGGCAUGUGCAGUGCUUCACCUGCGCUGCCUGCAGAACUCCCAUCCGCAACCGUGCCUUUUACAUGGAGGAGGGGCAGCCCUACUGCGAGAGAGACUAUGAGAAGAUGUUUGGCACAAAAUGCCGUGGUUGCGACUUCAAGAUUGAUGCUGGGGACCGGUUCCUGGAGGCGCUGGGAUUCAGCUGGCAUGACACCUGCUUCGUCUGUGCGAUCUGCCAGGUCAGCCUGGAAGGGAAGACGUUCUACUCCAAGAAGGACAAACCCCUCUGCAAGAGCCAUGCCUUCUCCCACGUGUAAGGGGAGGCUCACGCUGCACACGAUGGCCCUGCACACACCUGUCUCUGCCCCUUUUCUUGCUGCAGGGGUGGAGCUGCCACUCUCUCUGCCGCUUCUGGUCUGGGCAGCACCCUGCUCUGGCCUUCGUUGGAGGCAAAGCUGAGCCUGCUGCUCUCUUGACCCUCAAUGGCCUGUCUUCUGUCUGGACUAUGUUCUGUGCCCCUCUGGUGGUCUCACCAGGCAGUCCCCUCCCUUCUGUGCCCACAGCUAACUGAGUCAGGCACCUCAGCCUGGGGCUGGACCUGUCCCAUGCUGAGCCGAAGCCUGGGAGAGGCUUGCUGGAGCAGGGCUGCUCUCACCCUACAGGCUGGCCAGCUGGAUCCAUCCUUUUCCCCCUCCCCAUGGCCCCUGUGUGGAACUGGUGCCUCUCACCGGGCCAGGCUGCUGGCCAGCUGGAAGCUGUGUCAGAGGUGGGGAAUCGUGCAGGGCUGCUCUGUUCCCCCUUACCAAGGGCCCUGACCUUGCUGGAAGCCCUUGCUGCGUGGGCAGGGCAUACAGACGGUCCCCGAGCCCAGGCCUGUCUGAUGCCUGCGCUUGGCUGUCCUGAAAGGAGCUAGUCCACACCAGCCACAUGGCUGCACUGAAAACAACUGGCCUUGUUCCCUGCCACCAUGCAGCUGCUAUCCUGCCUGGGCCACACACCUGGCCUGGCCCCACAGACCGCCAAGGUGGGUCUCUGCCCCCGUGCUGUCUGGUGCCCCUGCACGAAGGCUGUUCCUAGCUCCCGGCCCUGCAGUGUUCCCAGGCAAGGCAGUAGCAGAUGUGCUGCCCUCUGUAGGACUGACCUGGACUCUGCCAACAUAUGGGGGGUGGAGGGGGAAGCUGAAAGCCGUGUGGAAGAGGAGGCCUCUCACCCUUCCCUUCACUGGUGGGGGCGUGGGGCAAGGAGCUGGGCCCUCUGUGAGGUGGGCACUGACAGGCCAGGACCUAGGCACUGAGUUUGCUGGCAGCUUGGCCGCCUCACCCAGAGCUGCCCUGCCUGGGGAGGGGGGGCAGUGCGUGGUGUUGCCACGGUGCUUUUUGUGCCUUAAUAAACACUUAUCUGGCAAGUGUCA